CUUGCUGUGGGAAAUUGGAAAUGGCAUUGGCAAAGAGGAUGAUGCGUGUCACGAAUCUUUGCAAAAUGAUCCGGUUUCAAGAAUCACCAGUGCGGAUUUGGAGGGGGAAAUAAUGCCUUUUUGUCCCUUUAAAGCCAAACAGAUCUUUUAUUUCGCGACUUAGGUAAGUUUGGCGUUUCAACGGUAAAAUGCACCUAAUCUACAUUCAACACGAAUGAUUCGUUGAUUCUCAAUUUCUCAUCCAAAAUCGAGGGGUGCGUAUCACUCGAUGUGCGCAGUUUAGAGAUCCAUUGUGGGUGGGGGCGGGGAGUGUGCUUAAAAUUCAGUCCGGGGAUGACGAAACUCUGUAACACCGCUUCUGAUUGGUGUGCUUGCUGGCUCCGCCCCCGAUUUCCUUAUUCCAUAUACUCCCCUCGAUCGACGCCUGUGACUUUGAGAGCUAGACCCUUCUUUCGUUCAACUAAGAAAUUAUUAAGAUUGCUCAAUAUGGAUGUAUCACGAACCAUGGCUCAAAAGGAAGCACUGGCAGUCUCAGAUGCAACAGUUGAAGAAGAAUAUGCAUCCCAGUCUAAGUUACUUCUAGAGUUCAUUAAUAUCCCUAGUAUUGAUAAAGCAUGGACUUUCAAGUCCGACAAAGGAAAUGUCUCCCAAGCAAUGGUUUCAAUUAGCCAAGCAAAUCUGUUGGCAAACAAAAAGAGGAAAUAUAUUCUGUCAGCUCAUAUUUCAGAAGAAAGUAACCAUUCUGUAAGCUUCCAAUGGGCUACAUUUCCCGUCGAGAUGGCAGGUGUGUCUGUAAUUGUGCCAUCACCAUCAGGUUCAAAGCUUCUUCUUGUUAAGAAUCAGGAAAAUGGAUUGCCAACACAGUUUGAAAUCUGGAGUUCCUCUCAAUUGCAAAAGGAAAUACACAUCCCUCAAUCUAUUCAUGGUUCAGUGUAUACAGAUGGAUGGUUUGAGGGAAUUUCUUGGAACUCUAAUGAAACUCGCGUCGCUUAUGUUGCUGAGGAGCCAUCUCAGUCUAAGCCUGUAUUUGAUGGUUCUGGUUACAAGAAGGAGGGUUCUGUUGAUAAGGAUUGUGGGAGCUGGAAAGGUCAAGGAGACUGGGAGGAGACCUGGGGGGAAACCUAUUCAGGGAAAAGGCAGCCUGCACUCUUUGUCAUUGAUAUUUAUAGUGGCGACGUACGUGCUGUUGAAGGAAUUGAAAAGUCUUUGAGUGUUGGACAAGUUGUAUGGGCACCAUCAACCCAGGGUUCACAUCAAUAUUUGGUUUUUGUUGGGUGGUCAUCAGAGACUGGUCCUCAGAAAGUCGCGAGAAAGCUUGGUAUAAAAUACUGUUACAAUAGGCCGUGUGCCUUGUAUACAAUCCGAGCUCCAGUUCAUGAACCAGAAGCUGAAUUGUCUCUCAAAAAUAAUGCAGCUGAAGAUUUUGCUCUUGUUAAUCUAACUCAAGGCAUAAGUAGUGCUUUCUUCCCAGUGUUCAGUCUAGAUGGAAAAUUCCUAGUGUUUUUAUCUGCAAAAAGUGCUGUGGAUACUGGAGUACAUUGUGCAACAGAGUCGCUGCAUAGAAUUGAUUGGUCCAUCGAUGGAAAGCCAUGCCCAUCUUCAAAUAUUGUUGAUUUGGUUCCUGUUGUGAUGUGUGCUGAGGAUGGUGCCUUCCCUGGGCUUUAUUGUUCAAGUCUCCUCAAUAAACCUUGGCUUUCUGAUGGAUGCACUAUGAUUUUGUCUUCCGUUUGGGGAAGCAUUCGAGUAAUAUUGUCUGUAGAUGUGUUGAGUGGAAAAGUAUCACGAAUCAGCCCUGCUGACUCAUGUUCUUCCUGGAAUGUUCUUACCCUGGAUGGGGACAACAUUAUUGCUGUAUCUAGCAGUCUCAUACAUCUCCCUCAAAUCAAGUAUGGAUGUCUCAUUGAGAAGAAAGAAGGAAUUUCAAGUGUUUCAUGGAAUUGGAUGGAUGUUUCAAGCCCUCUAUCCCAAUAUUCUGAAAAGGUUAGAUCAUUGAUGCCUUCCCUUCAAUUCAAAAUACUGAAGAUACCAGUUAGGGGUGCUUCUGAUGACCUUACUAGAGGUGCCAAAAAUCCUUUUGAAGCUAUAUAUGUAUCUUCCAACUCUCAGGAGCAUGGUUCAUGUAAUCCAGUAAUUGUAAUCCUUCAUGGUGGACCUCAUUCUGUCUCAGUGACAAGCUUUUCAAAGCCCCUGGCAUUUCUCUCAUCAAUCGGCUACAACUUGCUGAUCGUAAAUUAUAGAGGUUCAUUGGGAUUUGGGGAGGAGGCAUUGCAGUCUCUUCCUGGGAAGGUUGGCUCCCAGGAUGUCAGUGAUGUGCUCACAGCUAUAGAUCAUGCUAUUGAAAUGGGACUUGUUGACCCAUCUAAAAUAGCUGUGCUUGGAGGUUCUCAUGGUGGUUUUUUAACAACCCACUUGAUUGGCCAGGAACCAGAUAGGUUUGCUGCAGCAGCUGCAAGAAAUCCAGUUUGUAAUCUUGCAUUGAUGACUGGGACAACCGAUAUCCCUGAUUGGUGUUUUGUGGAAGCUUGUGGUACUGAGGGAAAAAAUUACUUUACUGAAGCACCUUUGGUUGAACACAUAAAUCUCUUUUACAGCAAAUCACCUGUUUCCUACCUCUCGAAGGUCAAAACACCAACCCUUUUUCUUUUGGGUGCCCAGGAUCUUCGGGUUCCAGUUUCCAAUGGAUUGCAAUAUGCUAGAGCAUUGAAAGAGAAAGGAACCAAGGUUAAAAUAAUUGUGUUUCCCAAUGAUGUUCAUGCAAUUGAUCGGCCACAGUCUGACUUUGAAAGCUUCCUCAACAUUGGAGUCUGGUUUAAGAAGUAUUGUAAAUGAGCAGACAUUUCUAAAUUCUGGUCCAUAUUUUUAGGAGACUUGCGGGAUGCGACUAAGUUUGGAAGCUACGAUUGUUUAUGCUUAAGCGCAUUUAAAUCCCAUUUCUGCAAGAUUCUAAUAUUCUACCCACAAAAAAACUGUAUUGUCUUUUUUCUUCCUUAAUAACUACAUUGUUAUGGGCCUUGUGGCAAUUAAUAUUCUAUGGAACACUAUAGAUAAGGAAAGCAUCCUCUUGCAUGCUAGAUCAGUAUUGAAAUUAAGUUAAUAAAUUUGAAACAGUGGAUUUUGGGAAA